AUGAUCGGUGUUGUGGUUUUCGGCUACACGUCUCAUAUCUUCUUGCCGAGUCUGGAAGGAAAUAUGAAAGUAGAAUUAUUUUCGAAGAAAGGUUCCCAGGAUCCCAAAGAGUUCAAAUGGAUGCUGAAAUGGUCACAUGUGGCAGCUGCAUUGUUCAAGGCAAUUUUUGGACUUUGUGGAUUUCUCACAUUCGGGGAACUAACACAACCAGAGAUCUCCAACUCCUUACCAAAUCAAGGCUUUAAAGUGGUUGUCAACUUAGUACUUGUCAUCAAAGCCCUCCUAUCAUAUCCACUACCUUUCUAUGCAGCUGUUCAAUUAUUAAAGGAUAAUCUCUUCAGAGGAACGAAAAGAACAGCAUUUACAGGCUGCUACAGUCCCGAUGGAUCAUUACGGGAAUGGGCCUUGUUUCUAAGGAUUCUUCUUCUAUUAUUUACGCUCUUCAUAGCUCUAUCAGUACCGUACCUUAUCGAGCUUAUGGGCUUGAUUGGCAACAUUACAGGCACCAUGCUCUCCUUUAUCUGGCCUGCCCUAUUUCACCUACGCAUCAAAGGCGACCGCAUGGUGGACCGUGACCGUAAAUUUGAUCAGAUGAUUAUUGGACUGGGAUGUUCAGUGUGCAUCUCUGGGAUCUAUUUCUCUUUUAUGGAACUUUUGCGUGCUAUUCGUGCCGGAGAACAAUGA